AUGAUAUGCAAACAUUGUGAAGAAGAAAGUACAAGGAAUGAAGGUGUAGAAGUUAUUAAAAACGAAUCGUGUCAUGAUGAACAGUAUGGAAAUGGUCAAUAUACUGAAAAAAGAUUUCGUUUACCGAGUUGGAUUCGAUCAUUUAUACCAAAUCUGUUUUAUAUUACGGAGAAAGCUUGGAAUUAUUAUCCAUAUACACUAACCGAAUAUACUUGUUCAUUUUUGCCACGUUUUUCAAUUAUUGUUGAAACAAAAUAUGAAGAUAAUAAUGGAACAAACGAUAAUUGUCAUAAUCUAUCAAAAGAAGAAGUACAAAGUCGUAAAUUAGAAUAUUUAGAUAUUGCUGUUGAACGUGUUCCCGAACAUAAAUACAAAUUAUCUGAAGAUCCAUGUAAAUUCAAGUCAAAUAAAACAGGACGAGGACCAUUGACAUCAAAUUGGACACAAAUAUUCAAGCCCAUUAUGUGUGCAUAUAAAAUUGUUCGUGUUCGAUUUGAAGUAUGGGGAAUGCAAACUCGAGCAGAAGAUUACAUGCAGCGGACUAUCCGUGAUAUAUUAGUAUUAGCUCAUCGCCAAGCAUUUACGUGGAUGGAUGAAUGGUACGAUAUGUCAAUGAAUGAAGUAAGAAGAUAUGAACUAGUUACUAGUGAUUACGAAUGUUUAACACAAAUGAAUAACUCCGCAUUAGAUCGUUAUCGUGUUAUGCACCGAACACUACAACAUGCAAAUGAAAAUUUAAAGUCAAUGAAUGAAGCAAAUUGUAAUCGUUUGCAAGCAACAGCGUCAGUAUUGAAUGAAAUCGAAGAUUCGAUGUCAAAUUUAGAAUCUACUAUAAUGCAUUUAGAUGCUUAUUCAAGAUCAUUAGAAACACAAUUGAAAAAGUACGAAAAAAGACCAUUAACAAUAACUUCGACAACUGCAAAUUCUCCAACUGCGUCUUGA